CCCCUCCUCCUCCCGGGGGUGGGGGGUGGUCAGGUGACCGAACAGCUGCCCCCCAUACAGUACCGCCACAGUACCAGACGUCAGUAGUCGGGAGCACCGGAUUACCGGAGGACCGGAGAACGGGAGUAGACUACAGUAGUCCGCCGCUCAGUCUUCUUCCAUAGUCCCGUACCGCGCGCGCAGAGCGCAGAGAUGGCGCGUCGCGCGGCGCUGCUGGUGUUACUGGUGUUACUGGGAGCGACCUUGGCUCCGGCGUCGGAGGUGCCUGGUGAUGACGCGCUGGGCCUGCUGGGGGAGCCGCAGGUGGCCAUGUUCUGUGGGAAGCUCAACAUGCACGUCGAUGUGCAGAGCGGGAGGUGGGGAGCAGACCCAGCCGGAGCCAAGAGCUGCAUCGGUACCAAGGAGGGCAUCCUACAGUACUGCCAAGAGGUGUAUCCAGAGCUGCAGAUCACGAACGUGGUGGAGGCCAACCAGCCAAUCAGCAUCCAGAACUGGUGCAAGAAAGGCCGCAAGCAGUGCGGCAGCCACACCCACAUCGUGGUGCCGUACCGCUGCCUCGUGGGGGAGUUUGUGAGCGAUGCUCUGCUGGUUCCGGACCAGUGCCGGUUCCUGCACCAGGAGCACAUGGACCAGUGUGAGAGCCACCUGCACUGGCACACCGUGGCCAAGGAGUCCUGUGGCGACCGCUCGAUGAAUCUCCAUGACUACGGGAUGCUGUUGCCGUGCGGCAUCGACCGUUUCCGGGGGGUGGAGUUUGUGUGUUGCCCAGCGGAGGCGGAGCCUGAGGCGGACAGCGGCCAGCAGGAAGGGGCGGAGUCUGACGUCUGGUGGGGCGUAGCCGAGAACGAGUACACAGAUAACAGUAUGACCCGGCAGACGGACAUGGGGGCCGCCGCCACCGAGGAUGAUGAGGAUGAGGACGAAGAGUACCAGGAAGACCGGGACGGGGAGGCGGGCGACGAAGAGGAGGACGAAGAGGAGGACGAGGACGGAGACGAGAGGGACAGUGGCGAGCGCAGCGCCAGCGUCGCCACGACAACCACCACCACGGAGUCGGUGGAGGAGGUGGUCCGGGUGGACCCCUACCUCGGGGGCCCCCCCAGCCCAGUGGACCCCUACCUCGGGGGCCCCGGGACCGGAGGGGAGCACAGAGACUUCCAGAAGGCGAAGGAGAGACUGGAGGCCUCGCACCGCGACAAGAUGGCCCAGGUGAUGAGGGAGUGGGAGGACGCUGAGCGACAGGCCAAGAGUCUUCCUCGUGCCGAAAAGAAGGCCGUCAUCCAGCUCUUCCAGCAGCGGGUGGGGGCCCUGGAGCAGCGCGCGGCGGCGGAGCGGCAGCAGCUGGUGGAGCACCACGCCGGGCGGGUGGAGGAGCUGCUCAACGGCCGGAGACGCCUCGCCCUGGAGGCCUACCGGACCGGGCUGCAGGCCACGCCCCCACGGCCCCGGCAGGUCCUGGGCCUCCUGAAGAAGUACGUGCGGUCGGAGCAGAAGUACCGACAGCACAGCCUGAAGCACUACGAGGCCAUCAGGGCCGUGGCCCCCCACAGGGCCGCGGAGGUGAUGACUCGUCUCCGUGUGAUUGACGAGAGGCUGAACCAAUCCCUGGAGCUCCUCUACAAGGUUCCAAGCGUCGCUGACCAGAUCCAAGCCCAAGUCGCUGUUCUGAUGCAGAAUGUUCGGGCAGAGCUGUCUCAGCAGGUCUCCUCCCUGCAGAGCGAGGGGCGGGCCGAGGGGCGUGUCAGCUAUGGUGACGACGCCCUGAUGCCCCCGGCCGCGGCCCCCCGCCCCGGGCCCCUGGACCAGCUGAGCUUCAACCAGCCCAACACCGAGAACCACGUGUUGGCCCUGAUGCCGGAGGAGAGGCGGGAGGUGGUCCUGGACCCCGAGGAGGAACAGGGCACUGGCUACGAGGUCCACCCCCAGAGGCUGGUGUUCAUCGCUGAGGAUGUGAGCUCCAACAAGGGCGCCAUUAUCGGACUGAUGGUGGGAGGAGUCGUCAUAGCGACGGUGAUUGUCAUCACCCUGGUGAUGCUGAGGAAGAAACAACACUCGUCCAUCCAUCAUGGAGUGGUCGAGGUGGACGCGGCGGUGACCCCUGAAGAGCGACACCUCACCAAGAUGCAGCAGAAUGGCUACGAGAACCCCACCUACAAGUUCUUUGAGCAGAUGCACAACUGAAGUCUCCUCUUAGGUCCUCCCUUCAGAUUAACCCCCAUGGCCUGCUCCAUCCCGGCUCCACGCCCUCACCUGGGGGUACCUCCACGCCCUCACCUGGGGGUACCUCCACGCCCUCACCUGGGGGUACCUCCACGCCCUCACCUGGGGGGUACCUCGCCCUCACCUGGGGGUACCUCCUCGCCCUCACCCGGGGGGUACCUCCACGCCCUCACCUGGGGGUACCUCCUCGCCCUCACCUGGGGGUACCUCCACGCCCUCACCUGGGGGUACCUCCUCGCCCUCACCUGGGGGUACCUCCACGCCCUCAUCUGGGGGGUACCUCGCCCUCACCUGGGGGGUACCUCCACGCCCUCACCUGGGGGGUACCUCGCCCUCACCUGGGGGUACCUCCUCGCCCUCACCUGGGGGUACCUCCACGCCCUCACCUGGGGGGUACCUCACCCUCACCUGGGGGGUACCUCGCCCUCAUCUGGGGGGUACCUCCACGCCCUCACCUGGGAGGUACCUCGCCCUCAUCUGGGGGGUACCUCCACGCCCUCACCUGGGGGGUACCUCGUGUGGUUGUAGACCUGGUCCGGACCAGGAUCACCCGGUCCGGCGGCCUAGAGCUGGAAUGGAACACAGGCUCCCGAACCCCUGACCCCUAGAGGACUGUUGACCUCUGGACCCUAGAGGACCUGAACCCCCUCUGACCCCUAGAGGACUGUUGACCCCUAGAGGACCUGGACCCCCUCUGACCCCUAGAGGGGUCGCCCAUUUCACUUGCACAACGUAAGCCAAUCACAGAGCACGUCAUUGUGUGUACAGAGUAGCCUAUGGCAUGUCUUAUGUCAGGUCAUCAGGAUUGAGUCCUUUGACGUCUUGUCCCGGUUCCUCCUCAUGCUCCAGACAACAGCUGGGCUGUUUAUGACAGGGGGAGCCCUAACCCCGUUUAUGACAGGGGGAGCCCUAACCCCGUUUAUGACAGGGGAGCCCUAACCCCUUUUAUGACGGGGUGAGCCCUAACCCUGUUUAUGACGGGGUGAGCCCUAACCCUGUUUAUGGCGGGGUGAGCCCUAACCCUGUUUAUGACAGGGUGAGCCCUAACCCUGUUUAUUGCGGGGUGAGCCCUAACCCUGUUUAUGACGGGGGGAGCCCUAACCCUGUUUAUGACAGGGUGAGCCCUAACCCUGUUUAUUGCGGGGUGAGCCCUAACCCUGUUUAUUGCGGGGUGAGCCCUAACCCUGUUUAUUGCGGGGUGAGCCCUAACCCUGUUUAUGACGGGGGGAGCCCUAAUUCUGUUUAUGACGGGGUGAGCCCUAACCCCAACGCUCUCAGCUCUUAGGAUUAAACACCUCAGGGUUGUUUUUAAUGAAGAAAAACCGAGAGAAAAGGAUUUACAGAAUAUGUACAGUUUAAGGACGAGUGGUUUUUCAUUUGAUGUGCAUUGAUGAGGUUAGCUCCGAGUAAACGUAGUGCAUGUUGCCUAAGACCUCCUGGCAGGACUGUACAUUUCUAGGGUUAGGUUUCUUUUGGACAUCAGGAGGUGUAGGAACAAUGUGCUUCGCUGCAACACAGAAUUGCUUUAAGGAGCCUUUCCCUCCCCUUUCUGCAUGGCCAGAACAACGCUCUGUGAUAUUUUAUUGUAGUGUUUGAGUUCUAUGCACACCAGUCCCUUCUUAAGUGGAUUCCCCGUCCCCGCCCACCCACCCAGCCCGGAGAAGAUCCGAGUCCAGCCUUGAGAUGCAGGGUGGUGCAUCGUUGGUUCUGAUGGUUCCUCCUCGUCGGUUCCACUCCUCCAGAGCGGCUGUGUUUUAGUUUCCCUUUAUUCCUAUAACCACUCCCCUGUUCUGUCUGACCGCUCUCCUGCCAUCGUUCAGCUCUCCAGAGAACUGAACUGUACUCCAGAGAUCUGCAGCCUGCUCUGCAUAUAUCCCCACUCAGCUGCACUCCCCUGAAACCAUCUCUCACGUCCACAUUCUAUUUUUCUAUCUUUGUUUAUACGUGUACAGUGUGUUCAGUGCUGAGAACCUUUGCUUGCCUAUUCGUUAAGUGUUUUAGUUGUGAAGUAUCCCGCUUGUAAAGCAGACAAACCCUGACCUGCUGACCAGCAUGUUAGAACCCCGAGCAUGAUCAGACUGAAGGACUGCAGUACCCAGAAGGCCAUACUCCAGUCCACCAUAAAGAGACUGAAGGACUGCAGUACCCAGAAGGCCAUACUGCAGUCCACCACUCCUCCCUCACCUCCACGUGAUGAAUGAUGACCGACGAUGAAUAGAACCGGGGCACCCCGAGGCCUCCGGGGCACCCCGAGGCCUCCGGGGCACCCCGAGGCACCCCGAGGCCUCCGGGGCACCCGGGGCACCCGGGGCACCCCGAGGCCUCCUGACCCCCCGGCCGGGAGACACACGGCGAGGGGGUGCAGGGAUUUGAUUUUUUAACUUAUUUAGCUUUUAUCAUUUGGUUCUUUGAAGUCUUGUUGUAAUAAUGAUGAGGUCAUCAACACCAGGGAUCACUUCCUGUUCAGCUCAGUGAACCACCUGCUUAGUGGACUGCUUUGUACCCACAACCCCCUCAAUAAAGUUUGAAUGUACAGAA